CUCGCGGUGCCUCCUGGGGGCUGUAGUUCCCCCCGGAGCCAGGCAGGGCCGGGUUGGGCGGGGAGGGGCUGCCAGCGGCGCGGCGGACUCUGUUUCCCAGAGUGCCCACAGGGGGUGGCAUGGCGGAGAAGGAUGACACCGGAGUUUGACGAAGAAGUGGUGUUUGAGAAUUCCCCACUCUACCAAUAUCUGCAGGAUUUGGGACACACAGAUUUUGAAGUAUGUUCAUCUGCGUCACAGAAAGCAGAGCAAUGUGCAGCAGUGGAAAGCCAAAGAGAGCGGACUCUGCAUGCUGCCCAGAAACAAAGCAUCCUGUCAAAACUAGUUGAGUUCUUUAGAAGCUGGUUUCCUUUUCCACAUUAUAAGAAAAAUGACGAUAUACUUCACCGACUGGAUGUUGGAUUUCGAUUUGACACGCUUCGUACCAUCCUGCAACAGGAAGUUCUGCUGCAGGAGGAUGUGGAACUGAUUGAGUUCCUUGACCCGAGUAUCCUGUCUGCAGGGCAGUGUAAGCAACAGGAAAACAGACAGCUUCCAACGCUACGCUCCCUAGCAACUCCUAAUAUUUGGGAUGUCUCGCUGCUUCUUGCCUUUGUAAGUGCACUGCUUAUGCUUCCCUCAUGGUGGAAGGAAUCAUCAUGGCUGCCAUGGGGACUAGUUCUGCUUGUCUAUGCAGUCUUUCGAGUGUGGGGCACAUGGAGGACAGCCAAGCUGCAAAUGUCCCUGCGAAAAUACUGUAUCCAGCUGGAAGAAACAGUGGCAAAUAGCCGAGCUUUUACUAAUCUCGUGAGGAAAUCUCUGCGACUCAUUCAAGAGACUGAAGUAAUUUCCAGAGGAUUUACCCUGGUCAGUGCCGCUUGCCCAUUUAAUAAAGCUGGACAGCAUCCUAGUCAGCAUCUUAUUGGUCUUCGGAAAGCCGUUUAUCGCUCUGUCAGAGCCAACUUCCGAGCUUCAAGACUGGCUACUCUGUACAUGCUGAAAAACUACCCUCUGAACUCGGAGAGUGACAACGUGACCAGCUACAUCUGUGUAGUCCCCUUUAAGGAGCUGGGUCUGGGACUGAACGAAGAGCAGGUCUCUGAAGAGGAGGCACACAAUCUAACUGAUGGCUUCAGCUUGCCUGCACUCAAGGUCCUCUUUCAGCUCUGGGUAGGGCAGAGUUCAGAAUUCUUCCGGAGGCUGGUGCUGCUCCUCUCCCCAGCCAACGCAUCCCCCAAGCCCUUGGUCUCCCCUGAACGGCUGCCUCAUCAUAUUUUGUCUGAUGUGACUCAAGGCCUACCUCAUACACAUGCUGCCUGCUUGGAGGAGCUCAAGCGAAGCUAUGAGUUUUAUCGGUACUUUGAAACUCAGCAUCAGUCGGGGUUCGAAUGGCCAACCAGAACAAAGCAGAAGUCAAGAGAGCUGAACAGUCUUCAGACAGCAGUACGCAGCUUGCAGCUUCAUCUCAAGGCACUGCUCAAUGAGGUAAUAAUUCUUGAGGAUGAACUUGAAAAACUUGUUAGCACUAAGGAGACACCUGAGUUGACAACAAAAGCCCAUCAGGUUCUGGAACAGAAACUGAAGUUCAUUCAGCCCCAUAUGCAGGCAAGCAACAGCUGCUGGGAAGAAGCCAUUUCUCAGGUGGAAAAAAUGAGUGGAAGAAACCCAAAUAAAAAAGGCAAAUCCGAAGUUUCCUGUGACAGCCUACAGCGUACUACAGUACCUUUAACACAGCCUGCCAUAUACAUAGAAAACAAAGAUCCAAUCCCUGAAGAGCAGGAAUUGGAAGCAUAUGUUGAUUAUUCAGAUACAGAGAAUGAAUACAGAGGAGAAGAUUUUUACUGCUUUUCCCAGGAAGAAAGAGAGAGACAAGAACGAGAGAGACAGGAAUCUAAGAGGGUGUUACAAGAAUUAAAAUCUGUGCUGGGAUUUAAAGCUUCAGAAAUAGAAAGACAGAAAUGGAAACAGCUGCUGUUCAGUGACCAUGCUGCAGUGAAACCCUUGUCUCCUGUAGAACCGCUGAAGCUACUAAAUAAUUUGGAAUCACAUACGAAUUCAGAUACAGAAAAGCAGGACUGCAGCCAAAGUUGUGAUAAACCUGAAGAAAAAGACUCUAAUCCAGAAGAGAAUGCUGCUGAUAAAAGCAGUACAGAAUAUUUGUAUGAAGAUCCUGAGAUGGAGAGAAAAAAAGACAGUACUGCUGAUGAAGGUAUUUCUACAGGGGCUGAAGAAAGAAUGUGUUAUCAGCAUGAAGGGGAAGUUGAAGAACUCGAGCAGAGCAAUAUGGAUGGAAUAGAGGUUUCACGGUCUCCCUCUGAGGAUGCAUUACAUUCAAAAAUCAAGCAUAGGCUGGCCCAGCUCCACAUAUCAACAGAUUUAAACUUCACAUCUGGUCUGGCUGCGCAAGUUGCUGCCAGGUCUUUCACUUUUACUACAAUGCAAGAAGAGACUUUUGGAGAUGAGGAGGAGGAGGAGGAAGAGAAGACACAGCACUGUGAAGACCUGGUAGAGGACUGUAAGAAUGAAGAUAGAGGCUCUGAAAGUGAAGGCAAAGUGUAAGUCUGAGCUGAACUUUGUUAAACAACAUCAGGCAAUUUGAUGGAAAAAACUAAGGUGGGAGUUUGAAGAUGAAAAUACUUGAUGGAAAAAAAGGAGACCUCAAUAUAAUACAUCUUGUUCCCUAAGUCUGAUACACUACAUAGGACACUUCUAAGUAUAUUGAAAAUUUGAAGGUAAGAAAGUUUAGGCUGCAUCUGAAAAAUAGUAGGCUGUUCCCUUUUUUAAGAUCCUAGUGGAGGUUUUGGAAUUUACUUUUGUGUUUUCUGUUUUAUUUAUUUAUAUUAUAAUGUAUUGUGGGGUUUUGUUUCUGAAAAGAAAGAAAAACAAUGUCUUGAAUUACAUCAGACUCUGGGUUUUUUUUCUCUCUGAUUCUGUUGUCGUGGUAUCAAUGUUUGCUCCAACAGAAAAGCCAGGACAUUUCUAUUGGAGGAACCUGAACUGUUCCCUGUGGUCUCCCACCACCACUUUUGUUUCACUUCUUGUGUCUGCAGUGCGUUGGCUAAGCCACCAUAAGCAUUUGUGAUUCUGUGGCUAGUGAUGUGGCUCCCAAUGAAAAUGUAGAAUUUUAAAUAAAAACUUGAAACAGCUAGUAUUUGAUGUGUCCUGGAGUAUGGGACUGAAAUAGUGUAGUCAUGCUUCAUAUUAAGGUUUACUUAGAAUUUUAUGAAGGGUUAAUAAAUAAUUUCUACAAGUUGUAAUUCAUGUUAGAGAAAUGUGUAGUAUGUGUUAGGGAGGGCUGUAAGCACACCAGUAGAAAGUACUAUAGACAGUUAGAAGCUAUCUGUUGGACUGAUAAUAGAUGAUAAGUAAAUACCUAUUUAUUAAAACAGCUACUGAUUAUUUGUUAACCUUUUGUAAACUGAACCUUAAUAUAAUUGUUUCAUUUGAUGUAAUGAUUGUGUUCAUUUUUGUUUAUGUCCUGAAUAAUUUUCUUACAGCAAAAUUAUCUGAGUGCUUAACAGUAUUUUAUUUGAACAGCAUACUUGGUUUUCUCUAUUGUUCUGUCAUUUUCCUUUAGAUCACAACUGUAACCUGUGUGAUCAAGAAUCCAUGAGAGAACAAGAACUGUGUGUUUUUUAAGGUGUAACUUGUAACAUAGUUGACACUGAAUCUGGACGUUUGGUGUUACGUGGGUUGGUUUCUUCCCUGUGGUGGUGUUACGAGGAGCAGUAAACUGGUGCUUACCCCACAGAGAAGCUGGUUAAUGGUUUCACUGCCUUCUCUUCCUUUCGCCCCAGACAUAAGAUGAAGCAAAGGUCUCAUGUCUCAAAUGACGAGAGAGCCGCCUCUUUGUAUGGAAUACUCUGCUUGGACCUGGAUACAUUCCCAGUCACAAAGCACCUCAUCAGUUCCUUAGGAAAUUUAUUGUCUCUUGCUGAUUCUGUAGAAUAAAGAGGGGGUUAGGUGCAAGUGGUUCUGAGCAGUAUCUUUUCCUAGGAUGGGAAGUGGGGAAGCUAAUGAAGGUCAGCAGGUUAGGGUGGAAAUCUUGACUGUAUGUCAGAAAACAAGUGCUUUCUUUCAACCUCCCUCUCUUUUAGUAGUGAUUUUAUAUGAAUACUGUUAAAUAUGUGAAUUUUUUCACAGACUAAUGUGGUAAAUGUCAAAUGAUAGAGAAGGAAGUAUGUGACUUACACUGUUCUUUAACAGUGUAAUGCCUGUCUUCUCCCUCACAGACAGAUUUGGGGAAGAAAAUGUUUUGCCAUUCUUCAUUAACCAGUAACACUGUGUUUGUGCCCUUAGUUUUGUGUGACUGUAACCUGAAUGGAUGAUGUCUUGGGGAACUUGUAAAAGAAACAAAAAAGGUGUUUCUUAUAGUGUAUUCAGACGCUAAGCCUCCUUUUAGUAGUAUAUUCUUCUGUAACCUGAAAAGGUUAGGCUAAGAUGAUAAAAUUCUGUUUUAUUUUCUCUGUGGUAAGC